CAGACCAUUGAGGUAUGACUACAGCGACGACCAAGUCAUAAAACUUCUAUCGAUUCUAUCGAUUAACUGAUAUAUCUAAAUUAAUCUGUAAAACCUGUCUAUGUGUGUUCUAAUUAUUAUGUGUAUCAGCACACACCAUGUUACAAUGUUAAAGUAUGUUUGUUCUAAGUAAUAACCGAGGAGGGAUCAUUCAUUGUGGAGUUUUUGUUGUUCCAACAUCUGUGCCUCGAGUUCCGCCAGCCGCCGUCAGCCCUGUAUGUCAAUGAGUAGUGCUUGCAGAAAGGGGACAUUGUACGUGUUGAUGGCGUACAUCCUGAUGCUGUCAACGUUGCUAUAUCCGAGGAAGGAGUUGUCUGAGGAGAUUACAUAUUGUGGUGGCUGGAACAGUAGUGCUGUAUACAUAUUGUGAUGGCUGGACAGUGAUGCUGUAUACAUAUUGUGAUGGCUGGACAGUGAUGUUGUCAUGGUCAAUAUAAUGUGGUUACUAUUGUAACACAGUGUCCCAGCUCGGCCACAUAACGGACUUGUGACACGCUGACCGACUUAAGGCAACUCCAAAAAGGAUGGAGACAUGCAUUGGGUGCACUGAGUAACAAGAUCACGUUCCGUUGAUGAACGUCAUCUACAUACCUUACGGCUCCAGCUACGUUUACAAGUUUCAAAAAUCAAUUUUACAGUGAUCGUGCACCCCGACUUACGACACAUGUUGAAACAGUUAACAUCUUCCUCCGGAGAACAGGUCUAGCCAUUGAGGUCUAUUGUGGUCAGGUGCUCUGAAUGCAUGGUUCUACCAUCAGUGGGCUUCGUCGUAUAUGCGCGAUGGGUUAUUGAACGACUACCGUAUUACAUAUUUGGAUCGUAUUGCUCCAAUUUAAAAUGAUGUCACGGCUACUGCCUUGAGGGAGAAGCACAAGCUUGUCCCUGAUAUUGAUGGUUUCAGCAGUAUGAAGAUGUAAGGAAUAAGAUAUCAUCAUCCUCAUCUUCAUCUUGGUCAGCUGUCUCUUGUGAUGGUAUAACAUCAUGAUAAACACCAUGAGGUUCCGUGCCAAAAUAUAUACACUCUUUCUCCAUGUGUUUCUGUGCGGACUUUUCUUCAACUGGAUACUCGGGUCUUUCAAAACGAAGGCACGUGCACCUGAUCCGAAUAAGGGUUUAGAUAUCCAGGUUCAGGGGUGGAAGAAUCCUGGUUUAAACGCGAAUGGGGAAAACGGGAGGGGCAUGACGUUUGUGGGGACGGAGCUGAAGCUGGCGGAGCAGUACAUGGAGACGUUUAAAGUGAAUGUUCUGGCCAGUGAUCUCAUCGGCCUCAACAGGAGCAUCCCGGAUACUAGGUUUCCAAGCUGUGGCAGCGUGAUAUACCCCGUGUCUCAGCUGCCAACAACCAGUGUCAUCAUCCCCUUCCAUAACGAGUGGCGCUCACUUUUACUGAGGACAGUCUACAGCAUCCUCACCAGGACGCCGCCAUCACUGCUGCAGGAGAUCAUCUUGGUGGAUGACGCCAGCAGUCUAGAUGUCUUGAAAAAGCCACUGGACCAGUACAUCGCGGACCAUUUCCAAGCCGGAAAGGUAAAGGUUGUGCGCAUGCUCGAGAGGGUAGGCUUGAUCAAAGGGAGGCUGAGAGGAUGGCAGGAAGCCAAGGGUGAUGUGCUCGUCUUCCUCGACAGCCACAUGGAGGUUCAAGUUGACUGGUUACCUCCCUUGCUCAACGAGAUCCGGAAGAACAAUAAGACGCUGGCAAUGAGUGUGCUGGACAAGGUGGAUGCUCGGACACUGCAGUACAACGUGGCUGAGGACAACGUGAUGAGAUACGGCUUUCAGUGGAAACUCGGGUUCUAUGGCCUCGGCUUCCGACCUGAACAACUAGGAGAGCAACGACACAGCCCAAGAAGGGGUGUGUCAAUGGUUGGAGCGGCCUAUGCUGUGGACAAGGCUUACUUCGCGGAGAUCGGUGCCUAUGACGAGGGGAUGCAGAUCUGGGGCGGGGAGAACAUUGAGAUGGCUUGGAGGGUGUGGAUGUGUGGGGGUCAGCUGCUGCACGUGCCAUGCUCGCACGUGGGUCACAUCGAGCGUCCCCAGCCUUACACCUUCCCGGGAGGGGGCAGGCACGAGAUCAAACUGGUCAAUUUUAAGCGUGCAGUAGAGGUGUGGAUGGGGCCGUACAAGAGAUUCGUGUAUCGGCAGUUCCCGGAGAUGGAGACCCUUGACGCUGGGGACCUGUCCUCCCGCCUGGCACUGAAGGAGCGGCUCAAGUGUCGGGAUUUCUCCUGGUUCUUACAGCACGUGUGGCCCGAGCUGCUGGUGUAUGACGAGGACGUCAGAGCAUGGGGGAAGCUGAAAAACGACCAGACCAUGACUUGCCUGGAUAAUCACAAGGGCCUGUACCCUGGGAGGGUGUUCAUGGAGCAGUGUAAAGAGGACCUCAAUACCCAGGGCUUCUCGCUGAUGCAUGACGGGCGUCUGAGAACAACCGUGCUGUGUGUCAGCACUGGAACUAUCAAAGACAGAGAGAGGCCUCUACUUAAGGAAUGUUAUAACCAACACAGCAUAUGGAAGUUGCACCACGAGACAAAAUGGUUGAGUGAAGAGGCAAGCGGUUUGUGUUUGGACGUGUUUAAAGGCUAUCCUAUAAUGGUACCAUGCGUCCGGAACAGCACGUCGCAACAGUGGACAUUUGACCACAACAAAUGACCUGACUGAGGGCCUAUAAAGACGGAGAGUUGUGAAACACCCGACAGGGUUUUUCCUUUAACUCAACUACAGAUGUAGGGUAUCAUGGUUAAGAGUGUGAGUUGGGUUUGACGUACACCAAUUUUGGCAAUGUUCAAGCCAGAUCACGCCGGGGACUUCAUACAUUGUACCGCGUGGGAAUCGAACCCAGACCUGUGACGUCUUCAGCAAACACUUCAACAACAAGUCAACAUGGUGAAGAUUGCAAGAAGGACCGAGGGGCUUUGUAAAGAGAUCUGAUCGGAUUGUUGGAAAGAAGAGUUGCUGUUAAUUUGCAAGACUUAUCUACAUACCCCGAACCUCCAAUACAAAAUGUACCUAUUUAAAUUGUUCAAGUAAAGGACGUUCGACAAGAUCCAGAUAUCUGAGAUUGAGGAAGAUCUGAAAGAAGCUAAUCGCCGAGUCCACGACAUACUUCCUUUGUUUAACGCGGCAAUCUGCAAAAUUACAAUGGUAACACCCCGAUCGGUCGAAUACCUAAAAUGAGUUUGGUCCGAUCGGCCGACAAAACGCUUCUCUCCCUUAUCCGUCAAGUCGACGUAGCCAGACAUGCAUGGUAACCGCUCAGGAUCUUCUUAUAUAUUUUGUUAGGGGUGUAAGACUAUAGUGAGUGAGUGGUGAUUGGCGAGGUUGCCCAAGUCGGAUUAUUUUAAAUUGGGUUAUCUUCACAUCUUUUUCAGAUAUCUUGUUAAAAGAGAAUAUGACAAUUUAUUGUUUUACAUUUAGUUUGUGAAUCAGUUUCCUGCAGUACAAACAUGUGAUAUGAACCUGUGAUUAUCCAGGUUAGAAUCGGUCUUCAACAACCCAUGCUUGUCGUAAGAGGCGGGAUCGGGUGGUCAGGUUCGUGAUCGAUGAUUGACAUCCUAUCCCAAUUUAGUAGAUCAAUGCCCGUGGUGUCAAUCACUGGAUUGUCUGGUCCAGACUCGAUUAUUUACCUAAUUGCCUAGCGAUUCUGUUAGUCACUUCUUACAAGCUGAAGACCAAUUCUAACGAAGACCUUCACAGGGGAGUGACAUAGUAUAUGUACAAUUAUAUAACAUGACAUUCAAGCAUGUUAGGAUGGAUAUAAAAAUUUGACUCAUCCAUUUUUUGGUGAUGAUUGUAACAGCACUCCAUAUACUAGUAACUGUACACGAUGUCAGAGGCAUUCAGUCAUAAGUUAUUUUGACUGUCAAUGUCAAGCUGUAAUUAAUAAAACGUGUUAUUUUGCUUUGACACUGUUUUAUCAUAAUCUGCAAUAACUGUCAUGCAAAUUGAUAAUAAAAACAAGAUGUUUGUUUAUUAA